AUGUCGUCGACCUUCUUCACAAUCCUCAUCCUCCUGUGCGCCCUGCUCUGGACGCUUCUCAUCACCAGUCUCAUCGGAAAUGUCAUGGCCAACAACAUCAACGCUUCGAGCUCAGCAACCAUGGCGAUUAACUUUACCAUGUUUGUCGCCGCAUGGGCCUGGGUCACCGCCUUGUUUGGACUGGCAGCAGCGCUCAUAUCCAGCCUCGCCAUCCCAAUUCUUCUUCUAGCUCUCAAUGGCCUGGCCGUCCUCUUCACACUCGUGGACGCCAUCGUACUCUCCGCCAAGCUGGGCGCGCCCAACUGCGGCCACAUCCGUAACGAGCCUCGGAACUGGAUCGCAUAUGGAUCCAACAAUAACACAAAGCGGUGCCGCGAAAUUCAGGCUAGCACGGUCUUCAUGUGGUUUCUCUUUGCUACAUUUUGCGUAGCGACUCUCUUCUCGGUCAAGCUCUUGCGUAGCAAGUCCAGAGGCAGCACCACGCAGCCCAGCAUGUCCCAGACACGAGUUUAA